AGAAAUCCGGAUUGUUCUACGAGGAUUCCCUUGCCCAACAUCGACUCAAUACAUCGACUCAAUAUCUCUCCACCUUGCAGGCAAAAAUUCCUCGUAUACGCCCUACUAGUUCUAGCAAAACUUCAUGUAAAAGGAAUUCCAAUUUCAUGAAUGUAGCAUCAGAAAGGAUACGGUGGCAAAUCACCGAUGGAAGAAGACAUAGUAGCUAUAGUGAGAUUUGCAGUUGAACAUUUAUUUUACUUCUGCUUAUACUGUUGUUUGAGACGAAUAGAAAAAAAUUAGAAACUUGUCUUGAUCUUGAUCAUAGUCCUACAUACAUUAUACGCCGAUCGAUUACACUUAGUGAAAAAAUAAUUUGAAUUAUCAUUCGCCUGAAUUGCAUAGACUACAUACGCAGACUACAUUGUUACCAAUCGCUUUUGCAUAAAACGCUUCGCUCAACAAGCUCUAGAAUUCGAAUUUUAAGAGGUAUUAAGUAGUUACUUUUGCGACAGCAUGUUCAAAAUUCUUGCAUUGAGUAUACGUCCUCUGGGUAUGUUGUAAAAAAAGCUCCUACGUAUCAUUUCAAUUCGUACUUUAUGG